AUGACCAAUCCUGUCAAGAGCUUUUCUGUGGGAUAUAAUCCUAUUAACGAAAGCAAUGUUUUUAGCAGCGGUGAUCACAUUACAGGACAGGUUACACUGGAACUGGGGAAAGACUGCAAAAUAGACUUACUUUACAUUAAGAUGAAAGGGAAAGCAAAAGUUAGCUGGGUUCAAAAUUAUGGAAGAGUAAUUGUAGUACACCGUAGCAAGGAGAAGUACUUCAGUAUCAAGCAAUUUAUCAUUCAGGAAGGCCAAGGUAACAGUAAUGUCAGCAAGGGCUCCACCGUCUACCCAUUCACCUUUCAGAUUCCUAUACAAUGCCUGCCUUCAACCUUCAAAGGUGAACAUGGUAAAAUUAAGUACAAACUAGAGGCAAAUCUGAGCAGAUCGAUGAGGGCAGACACAAAAGCUUCAGCAGAGUUCACCAUGCUUAGUAAAGGACACGAUCCAUCCUUUAUGAUGCCACAGCAGGGUAUGACUGAUAAAAAAAUGAAGCUAUUUGCCUCAGGAACAGUCAACAUGGAUGUUCGUAUUGAUCGAACAGGCUUCCACCAAGGUGAAGGCAUAAAAGUUGUGGCCUCCAUUCAGAACAAAUCAUCUCGGGAUGUUACACCCAAGUUCUGCUUGUACAGGAAGCACAGUUAUUUUGCAGAUAAGACGAGGAAAGUAGUAACUAAAACUCUGCUGAAAGAGGUGGGUGAAGCCAUCCCACCCUCUGCAUGUCAGACUGUGACCAGGAUCAUCACCAUCCCUCCAGACACAGAUCCAUCCGUCCUAAACUGUAACAUCCUCAGAGCAGAGCACAGGCUCAAGGUCUAUCUGGACAUCAAGUAUGCCUCAGACCCAGAGGUUAAAUUCCCUAUAGUCAUCCUGCCUGCUUUGGAAAACACAGAUAAAGACAAGGAAACUGCUUAUUUUCCCUUUGGAUCUGCAUUUACAGACGCCUCAGGAGAAACCAACUCAGCACAAAACCCUCCACCUUAUUCAACAUAUGGGAUGUAUCCAACUGUGUCUGAUUUUGGUGGAAAAUCCUAGAAAUACAAACUCUCUUAGAGCACGGA